AUGAACAUGAAGGCAAAUCGAAAGCCCACCCUAACACACCUAAUCCUAAUCGUAAUCUGUCUUUUCAUCCUCACAUGCACCCUCUACCUCUACGCCCGGCACGAGUCAUCUCACAGCACCACCGCUUACUGCGCAGACUGCCUGCACUACGCCAUGAGCGUGGAUGCCAAAAUCCGGCACGCGGAGGAGGGCGGCGCGGAGAACAUCCGCACCAACAAGCAGUUCUUCCGGUAUGCGGUUGACGUGACAUGUCGGGGCGGGUUGUUUGUGGAUAAGCGGUGUUUGGACUUUCGGAGGGGAUUCCUGAGGGAUGCGGAGAGGUAUAUGGUUGCGGUGGGGGAGCCGUACGAGGCUUGUAGGGGGAUUGGAGCUUGUAGAUAG